UUCCCUCUGAAGGAUUCGAAGCGCCUGAUUCAGUGGCUAAAAGCUGUUCAGAGGGACAACUGGACUCCCACCAAGUACUCCUUUCUUUGCAGUGAGCAUUUCACCAAAGACAGCUUUUCCAAGCGCCUGGAAGACCAGCACAGGCUGCUGAAACCCACUGCUGUCCCCACCAUCUUCCAGCUCGCCGAGACAAAACACGACAACCUGGAUUAUGUCAGAAGCAGGAGAAAAAUAGCCAGCCAGGUGCCGCUGCAGGAUGGGGAAGACCCAAGGGAAGGAGGCUGUGAGGUAGUUCAGAGGACCCCUUCUCCUGGCCAGGACUUCAUGGUGAUGCAAGGGACGGAAGAGAUGGAGGAGGCAACUUUGCAAGAGGAGAUGGGAUCCACGUCUGAGGAGGAGGAGGAGGAAGAGAACCUCCACAGCCAACUGGACAGCCCACAGAGAAGGACGUUAGGUGAUAAGUUGGUUGCAAAGCCUGGACUUCAGAAAAAGCCUGAGAGGUCUUCUGUGGAGGACUGUCCCAAAGCCAGCUGGAUGGGGAGCUGGGUGGCAGACAGAAGCGGCGUGUCCGUCGACGACUUCACGCCUCCUGCCUCUGGUGCUUGCAAGUUCAUCGGCUCCCUUCAUUCCUACAGCUUUUCCUCCAAGCAUGCCAGAGAGAGGCCAUCUUUCCCAAAAGACCAGCUAGAAAGGAAAAGGCCAAAGAGAGACGUGGAACCAAGCUGCAGCAGCCACCUUCUGGGCCACGAGAAGGUGGUCGUGGAGGGCUCCCCGACUUCCUCCCUCACCGCCACCCCUCAGAAACCUUCCCAGGGCUUGUCAGCUUCCCCAGCAGACCUCACCCCUCAGCCUGCUGCCGAGGCUGUGGUGGGACAGAAGGGUGACACGGAUGCCAACCCCAUGUCCAUCAAUGAAGUCAUCAUGUCAGCCUCAGGAGCUUGCAAGCUGAUCGACUCCCUCCACUCGUACUGUUUCUCCUCCCGGCAGAGCAAAAGCCAAGUGUGCUGCUUGAGGGAGCAGGUGGAGAAGAAGAAUGGGGAGCUGAAACUUCUGAGGCAGAGGAUCAGCCGCUCUGACAGUCAAGUCAGGAAGCUGAAGGAGAAGCUAGAUGAGCUGAAGAGGAUCGGUUUCCCUUACUUGAACAGCCUGCUGUCCCAGGACUGUGAAACUCCCCAGCUGAAUCCUGUGAUGGAGCCCCUGUCCUGGAUGCUGGGCACCUGGCUCUCAGACCCACCAGGAGAUGGCACCUUCCCUACCAUGAAGCCCUUCCAGUACCUGGAAGAAGUGCACAUCUCUCACGUGGGGCAGCCCAUGCUGAACUUCUCGUUCAAUGCCUUCCAUCCUGACACCAGGAAGCCCAUGCACCGAGAGUGUGGCUUCAUCCGCCUCAAACCUGACACUAACAAGGUGGCCUUCAUCAGUGCCCAGAACACAGGUCUGGUGGAGGUGGAGGAAGGAGAGGUGAAUGGACAAGAGCUGUCUAUAGCUUCUCACUCCAUAGCCAGGAUCUCCUUUGCCAAGAAGCCCCACGUAGAGCAGAUCACCAGAAAAUUCAGGCUUAAUUCCGAUGGGAAACUUGAACAAACUGUCUCCAUGGCAACCACUACACAGCCCAUGACCCAGCACCUCCACAUCACCUACAAGAAGGUGACUCCCUGACGCCAGGAGGGCUGGGUGUCCCUGCUGAGGGUUAGGAGCA